AUGGCACCCUCUUUUGAAAACUACGAAGAAGCUACCUCCGGUAUUCCCGUGAAGGUGCUUGGUACUCAGAUCGAUGGCACAAAUGGCGCUGCGACGUUACAGCUAGAAGAAGCCGACAAGCAUGAUCAAGUGCUUCGUGUCUUUCGUUGCUUGAUUGCCGACUUGUGCGAGCAAUUCGGUGGUGGUCACCCCGGUGGUGCCAUGGGCAUGGCAGCCAUCGGUGUGUCGCUCUGGAAAUAUGUCAUGAAAUACUCACCAGCGAAUCCCAACUACUUCAACAGAGACCGCUUUGUCCUCUCCAAUGGUCACACAUGUCUAUUCCAAUAUACUUUCAUGCACCUGGUCGGCUACAAGAACAUGACCAUUGAACAACUCAAAUCAUAUCACUCGGACAGAAUAGACUCUGUUUGCCCUGGUCACCCUGAAAUCGAGCACGAGGGCAUUGAAGUCACAACUGGUCCUCUGGGUCAGGGUGUUGCCAACGCUGUUGGUAUGGCCAUGGCAACCAAGCAUCUUGCUGCUACCUACAACAAGCCAAACUAUGAACUUGUCAACAACAUGACCUACUGUAUGAUUGGUGAUGCCUGUCUGCAGGAAGGUGUGGCUCUCGAGGCUGUCUCGCUUGCCGGCCAUUGGAAGUUGAACAACCUUGUCCUCGUCUACGACAACAACCAAAUUACAUGUGAUGGUUCUGUCGAUAUCACAUGCAACGACGACGUCAACGAAAAGAUGAAGGCCUGUGGCUGGAACGUCAUCGAUGUCAACAACGGUGUCCAAGAUAUCUCGGGCAUUGUACAAGCUCUGGUCGCAGCACGUGCAAGUGAUAAGCCUACCUUUGUCAACAUCCGCACAAUCAUCGGUAUUGGUAGUGCUUCAGCUGGCGAUGCAAAGGCUCACGGUGCUGCUUUCGGCGCCGAGGAUGUUGCAAACAUCAAGCGCGUUUUCGGCAUGAACCCUGAAGAGCACUUUGUCGUUCCUGACACAGUCUACGACUUCUUCCGUGAAGCAAGGUCACGAGGCCAGGAAUACGAGAAGGAGUGGAGUACUCUUUUGGAAGGUUACAGCAAGGAGUAUCCUGAAUUGGCCGAGGAGUUUAAGUUGCGCGUUGCAGGCAAGAUGCCCAAGGACUGGACAAAGUUCGUUCCGGCGAAGGGUAGCUUCCCUACUACACCAACACCUUCAAGAAAAUCUUCUGGCAUGGUUUGCAACCCUCUCGCCCAGAACCUUGCAAACUUCAUGGUCGGCACUGCAGACUUGACACCUUCGGUCAAUAUGACAUGGAAGGACAAGGUUGAUUUCCAACAUCCUGACCUCAAGACCGCUUGUGGCAUCAACGGCAACUAUGCUGGUCGCUACAUUCACUGGGGCAUCAGAGAGCAUGCCAUGGCCGCAAUCUCUAACGGUCUGGCUGCCUACAACAAGGGCACGAUCUUCCCUGUGACCUCAUCUUUCUUCAUGUUCUACAUCUAUGCAGCACCCGGUAUCCGCAUGGGUGCUCUCCAAGGUCUACAACAGAUUCAUAUCGCUACUCACGACUCAAUCGGUACUGGUGAGGAUGGACCCACACAUCAGCCUAUUGCUCUUGCCGCAUUGUACCGCAGCAUGCCCAACCUUCUCUACAUUCGCCCCUGUGAUUCUGAAGAAACAGCUGGUGCCUUCAUUGCCGCCAUCAAGGCCGAUACAACUCCAUCUAUAAUCUCACUAUCCCGUCAAGCCCUCACCCAAUACCCCGAAAACAGCAAUCGCGACGGCGUCCAAAAAGGCGCCUACGUCUUUAUGGAGCAAGAAAACGCCGAUGUUACACUUAUCGGUGUGGGUUCGGAAAUGUUUUGUGCCGUCGAGACCAAGAAACUGCUUGAAAAGCAGCACAACAUCAAGGCACGUGUAGUGUCUUUCCCUUGCCAGCGUCUGUUCGAGCAACAGAGCAAAGAGUACAAGCAGUCUGUUCUACAAUACCGCAGCAAUGCUCCUCGUGUAGUUAUCGAGGCUUAUGCUGUCAACGGCUGGGAGCGUUAUGCCGAUGCUGGAUACUCGAUGGCCUCAUUUGGCAAGUCUCUCCCCGGCAAGACUGCUUACAAGUACUUUGGCUUUGAUGCCACGGCUAUUGCACCUAAGGUCAAGGCGCUUGUCGAGGAAGUCAAGAAAGAAGGUAUUGAUUCUCUCAGAGGAGACUUUAGAGAUCUGAAUGGAACCAUGGGGUAUGGCAUGCAUCACUAG